AGCCCGUCCAGCCCAGCCUGACCAAUGUCCACAGCCAGGUGAGCUCCUGCCUUGCCCUGCCUGGCCCUGAGCUUCCUAGCCGGGCUCUGGCCUCUUCUGACACCCUCUCCCCACGCAGGGAGCAACCCAUCUUCAGCACACGGGCGCAUGUGUUCCAGAUUGACCCAACCACCAAGCGCAAUUGGAUCCCAGCGGGCAAGCACGCCCUCACAGUCUCCUACUUCUACGAUGCCACCCGCAAUGUCUACCGCAUCAUCAGCAUCGGGGGCGCCAAGGCCAUCAUCAACAGCACUGUCACCCCCAACAUGACCUUUACCAAAACCUCCCAGAAGUUCGGGCAGUGGGCGGACAGUCGCGCCAACACCGUCUAUGGCCUUGGCUUUGCCUCUGAGCAGCAUCUGACACAGUUUGCUGAGAAGUUCCAGGAAGUGAAGGAAGCAGCCAGGCUGGCGAGGGAGAAAUCUCAAGAUGGAGGGGAGCUCACCAGCCCAGCACUGGGGCUCACCUCCCAUCAGGUGCCCCCGAGCCCCCUCGUCACGGCCCCGACGCCCUGCGCGCAGGUGGCCGAGCUGGAGGCCCAGGCGGCUCCGGAGGCCCCUCCCGCCAGCGAGAAGGAGGCUCCCGGGCCGGGCCAGGCGCUGGAGCAGCUGGAGGCGCUGGUGCAAACCAAGGACCAGGAGAUCCAGACCCUGAAGACCCAGGCCGGCGUGCCCCGCGAGGGCCCCGAUGCCGCCGAGCGCGAAGAGGCUCAGCAGAAGGUGCAGGUGUGUGGGCCGGGGGUGGGGGGAGCGACGGGCGUGGGCAGGCAGACCCUGGAGUAG